CCAUGUGCGACUCGUCGUCGUCGUCGUUGGCGAUGGGUGAGAGGAGGAGGGCGGCGGCGCACGCGAUGCUGUUCCCGUUCCCGUGCCCGGGGCACAUCAACCCGACGCUGAAGCUGGCCGAGCUGCUGCACUCGCGCGGGGUGCACGUCACGUUCGUCAACACGGAGCACAACCACGAGCGGCUGCGGCGGCGGCGGGAGGGGGCGGUGCGGGGGAGGGAAGGGUUCAGGUUCGAGGUGGUGCCCGACGGGCUGCGGGACGAGGAGCGCGCCGCGCCGGACAGCACGGUGAGGCUGUACCUGUCGCUGCGGAGCAGCUGCGGCGCGCCGCUGGUGGAGCUGGCGCGGAGGGUCGCGGCGGAGGAGGGCCGCGGCGCGCCGCCCGUGACCUGCCUCGUGCUCAGCGGCCUCGUCAGCUUCGCGCUCGACGUCGCCGGGGAGCUCGGCGUGCCGGCGUUCGUGCUGUGGGGCACCAGCGCCUGCGGCUUCGCCUGCACGCUCCGGCUGCGCCAGCUCCGGCAGAGGGGCUACACGCCGCUCAAAGACGCGAGCUACCUGACGAACGGUUACCUGGACACGCCGAUCGACUGGAUCGCCGGCAUGCCGACGGUGCGGCUCGGCGACGUCUCCAGCUUCGUCCGGACGUUGGACCCGACGAGCUUCGCGCUGCGCGUGGAGGAGGACGAGGCGAACAGCUGCGCCAGGGCGCAGGGGCUCAUCCUCAACACGUUCGACGACCUCGAGUCCGACGUGCUCGAAGCGCUCAAGGACGAGUUCCCGCGGGUGUACACCAUCGGGCCCCUCGCCGCCGCCAUGCACGGCCGCGUCGUCGACCGCGCGAACGGGCACGGCGGCGGCGCGGCCGGGCUGAGCCUCUGGGAGGAGGACGCGGCAUGCAUGACGUGGCUGGACGCGCAGCCGUCGGGGUCUGUGCUGUACGUCAGCUUCGGGAGCCUGACCGUGAUGUCGCCGGACAAUAUCGCCGAGCUGGCGUGGGGCCUCGCCGAGAGCCGCCGCCCGUUCCUCUGGGUCGUCCGCCCCGGCCUCGUCGCCGGCGGCAUCAACGCAUUGCCAGACGGCUUCGUCUCGGAGACCAAGGACCGGUGCUUCAUCGCCGAGUGGUGCGCGCAGGAGCAGGUGCUCCGGCACCGCGCCGUCGGCGCGUUCCUGACGCACAGCGGGUGGAACUCCUCGACGGAGAGCAUCUGUUCCGGCGUGCCGAUGAUCUGCUGGCCGGGGUUCGCCGACCAGUACAUCAACUCCCGAUACGUGUGCGACGAGUGGGGCAUCGGGCUCCGCCUCGACGAGGAGCUCCGCCGGGAGCAGGUCGCCGCCCACGUCGAGGAGCUCAUGGGAGGAGGAGGCGGCAGAGGCGAGGAGAUGAGGCGCAGCGCCGCCAAGUGGAAGGCCAUGGCCGAGUCGGCGACGGCCAAUGGCGGCUCGUCGUACGUCAGCCUCGACAAGCUGGUCGAGCAGCUGCGGCUGGAGACGGAGUGAAGCGGGAAGCCAAAAAGAAAAAAAAAAAGCUUAGCAUGCCGCCAUUGUCAUCAUCGUCGCCGUGACAGCGUACGACAGUUCGGCUGGCGCAUGUGCAAAAUGCACUUGGGUUGUUCCAAUGAUCCAAUCCAAUUCGUCUUGUGUUCUCCUCUAUAUUUUUUUUAAUUUUUUUUCUUUGCAGAGUCUGUAGUUGUCAGUUCUUAUCUGGUUUGGUUCCUGGAUUUGGAUUAUUUAGCGACAGGAGUGAUAGCGGUACAACGUUUCUUAUUAUAACACAGUGGUUUGUUCAAUUAAACAAUGCAAAGAGUAGUGAUUAGCGUGUGGAUUACUGUACCUGUUUUGUCGCUUUGUACGUCGACAAAAAGAUUUCAUGGAUUCAG